CAACUUUACCCUUUCUCAAAACCCACAACCCUCCUUCCUCGGCAAACCCAACACGAACCUCGUCCUCCCCAUUUCGGCCUGCGAGUAGCCUGUCGCCGACCGCCGCGUGAAGCUCACCUGCUCACGCCCGCCGCCGAGUUCCAGCCCUUCCUCUCGUCGGACUUCAGAUUGGCCCUCGGGCUGUUGCUGCGACCGCCGCCACGCCAACGAGUCCCCCCGCAGCCUCUGUCAAACCUGCCCCAAUGACGAGACCAUAUGCCGAAACCACAGACCGAGCGUCGGCCUCCGCGGCGGUGGCCGAAAUAGACCAUUUGCCCGAGGAUAUCGUCAUCCAGAUAUUGUCGUGGCUACCGGCCAAGUCCUUGAUGCGAUUCAAGUGCGUCAGCAAACGAUGGCGGUCUCUUAUUUCCGAUCCAGGCUUCGCCAGGUCGCAUCUGCAAGCCCUGAAGACAGGAGGGGAUUUGAUUGCUAGCCAGAGAAUCGUCAAGAUUAACCCCCUCGAGACCCUAGACUACCACGGGUUCGACGACCGCCCGCUGCUGAAGCUUCAUAGUCCAAGAAUGGCCGGCUGCGAUCCCGGCCUCGUGGGGUCUUGCGAUGGCUUGGUAUGUUUAUCUGUCGAUACCGGCGGAUAUCUCCUAUUCAACCCGACCACCGGGGAGUCCAGGUAUAUUCCCGGUUCGGAUCUUGUUGCAAAAGGUCAUGUGUUCCUUGGAUUCGGAUACGAUCCUGUGUCUGAUGACUAUAAGAUAGUACGCGGUGACGGUGUUGAAGUAUGUGAGGUGGUGAUAUUUUCGCUCAAGUCCGGUUCUUGGAGAAGGAUACUAAUCCAACGAGAUAGCCACUUGUUCGUGUUUUACCGAGGUCUUUAUUGGAACGGGGCCUUACACUGGUGUGUGGACGACCAGAGGAGUAACAAGACAAAGAGUGUGAUUGUGUCAUUUGAUUUGUCUGAAGAGAAAUUCCGCCGGAUGCUCCCAGUCCCCAAAAUAGACGGGGACAUACUCUUCGAUGGUCUCGGUAUUCACGGGGCCAAUCUGUUUAUAUACAGUUGGUAUGCUGACUGCUUCAUGGCAUGGAUAACAAAGGAGUAUGGGAGAGGAGGAUCGUGGACAAAAUUGUUCAGCCUUUCGACUAAAGGCAUUCCUGGUGAAUAUUGGAAGAUCCCCGUCGCAUACACAAGGAGCGGACAAAUUGUUUUCGAGAUCGAUGUUCACAACAUGAUUCUGUUCAAUCCAGAAGAUAAUACUUACAAGGAUUAUCAUCCCAUUGCGGAGAGUGACGAAUCUGCUAUCUAUGUGGAAACUCUUGUUUCUCCCUAUCUCGGAUGCGAGCCAUCAAGAAUCUAGAGCUUUUAAGAGUUGUUUUAGUGGAUUUGGUUUAACCGUUUUCAUAGGAGUUCCAUCUUGGGCUGUUGAAUGACCUUAUUGAAUUUGAAGAAGACAGAAAAGACAUUGUCUGAGACUAUAGCCAUUCGUUAGUAGAUUUACUAUUGCGCUUUUACUCUGUCCUCUCCAGAUGUUUGGUUAGAUGUAUGCUUGAUGAAUGGCCGUUCAAUCAUCCUGUUUUGCUAGAAUAAUCACUUCACUAGCUAAUGUUGUCCGAUCUGAUAUUGUGUAAUUUCACCAACCGUUUACUGGGUCUUGUUAUGUAGUUAACAUUCAAUUAUAAUCAUGUGAAUGUUAAACCUUGUGCUGUUUUCUUUU